AUGAGUAACGCGCGAUUACAUGGAGGUUCCAUCCCCAACGAGGUCGGGGCAGACAAGCGGCUCCUCAGUGCGCCAAAGCCUCCAGACGCGCGCAUGCAGAACCUCAUCGACGAGGUCAACAAGCACGGCUUCGUCAUCAUCCGAGAUGCCUUUGAUGCUUCCACCGUGGCCGCGGCCAAAGCUGAGGCCUUGAGGCUGACAAACGACCCCAAGACGGCUGGGCCUGCUGGCCAGGCAGGGCGCAACAACUUUGAAGGACACAAGACGCAGCGCAUGUACUCGCUGGUGAACAAGUCGCGUGUGUUCGACGCCUUUGCGCUGCAUGAGGAUGUGUUGGCGCUGAAUGAUCAUUUUCUGGAUGCGGGAUAUUUGCUUAAUUCGUUUCAGAGCAUUAAUAUCUUGCCUGGGGAGACUGCUCAGACUCUGCAUUAUGACCAUGGGUUUGCGUCGCUGGAGAGGCCUCAUAAGCCUCUUGGUUCGAAUAAAGAGCCUAAUACCGGAGGUGAACAUCAGGGCGUCAUGAUUGCUCUGGACGAUUACACCGCCACCAACGGCGCAACUGUCAUCGUCCCCGACUCUCACAACUGGGACUCAAAGCGCAUCCCCACCAUGAAGGACACCAUCCCCGUCAUCAUGCCGGCGGGCAGCAUCAUCUACUUCCUCAGCACGCUAUGGCACGGCGGCGGCGCGAACACCAGCGACAAGCCCCGGCUGGCGUUUACGGCGCAGUACUGCCAGCCUUGGAUCCGGCCCAUGGAGAAUAUGAUUUUGGCGGUUGACUGGGAGAAGCUGGACGAGAUUCCGGAGAGGCUGGUGGGCAUGCUGGGGUACAAGGUUGGGAGCCCGUUUAUUGGCUUUGUGGAUGGGAGAAGUCCGAGGGCGGCGGUACAGAAGAUACUGGCGAAGUGGAAGGGCAAAGCUGAGUCGAAGCUAUGA